AUGUAUGCUUUUGUUAGAUUCUUUGAAGACGAUAUGUGCUACGCGUUACCCGUUUCAAAUGUCGAAGAUUUCAGACCUCUGCACAAAACAGAUUUUGAUAAUCAGAAGGUGUAUCUGGUUCACAGAACUGAAGAGAAUGGCAGCGCAGGCCAGCCGUGCGAAGCACAGAUCCUUGCCCUUGCAGAUACAGUAGAAGAAUUUGAAGACAGUAUAACACAAAAGAAGAUGAAAAUUCCCAAGAUGUCCACGAAGAAUUCAGGAAACUCCAUUGAGAACAAUUUUGGAGAGGAAAGAAUGCCACUCAGGCACAAAAAGGCCCUGUCACAGGACCAUGGACGCCCCCUUUCUAACUCAUCCAAGAGCCUGGCAGCAGUAGUUGCUCGCCUGGAGAGAAAUGCUGCCAGCUCCUGUAUGGAGGGCGAAGAGGACCUGGAUGAGGAUCGACUGGCUGAGGUGGGAGAGGAUGCCGAUGAUGAGGAUGAAGAUAUGGAAGCAGAGCAUCAGCGACAUCAUCACCAGCAGCAACAGCAGCAUUUGGCAGUGGACACAGAUUGUGUGUCUGAGGUAGCUGCCGCUGUUGUUCCCAGAGUUCUGUACGAGGAGCUGGUUCACAGCUACAGGCAACAGGAGGAGGAGAUGAGGAGGCUGCAGCAGGAGCUAGAGAGAACCCGUAGACAGUUGGUGCAGCAAGCCAAGAAGCUGAAGGAAUAUGGCAGCUUGCUGACAGAAGUCAAAGAACUGAGGGACUUCAACAGGAGACUGCAAGAUGUACUUCUCAUGAGAUUGGGCAGCGAGCCUAUGCAUGACAAUGGCACUCAGACAAUCAAGGCUGAAGUGGUUGAACCUAUUGUUGAGGCCCAGGAGACAUGCAGAGAAGAAGCCAACACAAGUUCCAGCUACUCCCCCUCACCUAGAACAGUAUACACCUGCAAUGAUGGGAAGGUACACCUUGGUGGUGGGAUCUGGGUGGAGGAAGAGAAGUGGCACCAGCUGCAGCGAACCCAGGGAGACUCUAAGUUCACAAAGAACCUAGCUGUAAUGAUUUGGGGCACAGAAACCCUCAAAAACCGCAGUGUCACUGGAGUGGCAACUAAAAAGAAGAAGGAUGCCCUGCCAAAACCUCCACUGUCACCCAGCAAGCUGAAGAUUGUUAGAGAGUGUCUCUACGACAGAGUGUCUCAAGAGACAGCCGACAGUGCAGAGAUAACGCAGAGAUUGUCCAAAGUGAACAAAUACAUUUGUGAAAAGAUAAUGGACAUCAACAAGUCCAUCAAGAAUGAGGAGCGGCGGGAGUCCAAGCUGCUCAUCAGACAGACAGUCAAGAUGGAGAACUUCACCUACGAUGGCAUAUAGUAAUCAACUGUCACGCCAGCGCCUUCUGCCCCCGCGUGGUCUGCAGGAUACUGAGGGGACUUGGUAUGGGUGGUUGGGGGAUGCUGUAAUUGUUUCAGGAAUGGUCAUAUGUCUUUGGAUUGGUUAUUAUUUGAAAUGUUUAAACAAAGAGCCCCCCCCCACCCCCACCCCCUCUAAAGAAGGACCAUCACAUUUUUAUUAGCCCACUCUUCUAAUUGGCUGACAGACAGCUUUACCCACCAGUUAGAAACCGAACAUGUGAACUAAUUUGAUAUAGGCUGGUAUGAGUGUUUUUAUAAGCUUUACAGUGGCAUUGGUACAGAGAUGUGGAUUCUUGAGGUGUGUGCAUAUGUGUCAAAAGCGAAAUUAGAUGUGAUUAUUAAUUUAUUGUUCUGUGUCAGAACAUAAUUGUUGAGUCCUUGAACUUUUAAAAAGUAAGAGAUUAUUUCCCUGGGUGAACUGUUCUGAUGGUAUGAAGAUGAUGCUAGUUUGCAUUAGAUCUUGGAUGUGUGAACUGUUGACUGUUAUGGUGACUACCCAAUAACUGCUGGGAGUUGGUGCGGUUGGUAAUUAUUAACAGCCAUAUUUCAUUUUCAUUUUGCAGCAGAGAUUCUGUUGCUCCUAAAGAGAUUAAUUAUGAGUGUGUGUGCUCCCACUUAAGUGUGGGUCAGUCGCAACAUAUAACUUUAUUAUAGACGGCUUACUGAGAUUAAAUGGGAAGUAUGACUCUGUUGAGUCAUAGAGUGCUGUAUUUGUCUUUUUAUUUUUUAUAUUGACCUUUAGGUUAGAAAUAUUUGCCAUCCAUGAGGGAGCACAAGAAAUGUUUUGAUUGGAUAUUUGUGUUCUACUCCUAAUCAAACAUGUGACUUUUUAAGGAAGCUUGACUGUUGAGUUGCAGUGGUACAGGCAUGUUGACACCUGGAAAGGCCUUAAAUGGAUCUGGCAAUCACCAGGGACUGAUAAGCUCCUGAGUUUUCUAGUAUGCUGUGAUUGUAAAUGUAUUGUAAGCUAAAGUCAUGAAGCUUUAUCUGCACUUUGCUGUGAGAAUGUAAGGGGUGGCCAGGUACUAUUUUCUGUGUAGUUCACACCAUUAAAUUUAGCUGUGCCGGACUGCUACCAAGAUGAAAAUUGAGGCACAGCUCUGCACGGUCCAGGUCAUCUUCUUGUGGAAGUAGUGUUAGCUAUGGGUAAAGCUGUCUGGAACAUUAUUUUGCUGUUGAAGCUGUCUGGCCCUGCUGAACCCCAUAAUAACCCCCUCUUGUUUAAGCCACGCCACAGGGGAAAAAAGUAAGGUUGCUCCAGUGACAACAUCCCCUGAGCUAUGCCAUCAGAACUUUAAAAUUUAGUCUCUUGUAUGUUUUUUCAUGUUUUUUUUUCUUCUUCUUCUGUUAUAUAUAAUUUUUUUUUUUUUUUUUGGAUCCAAAAUGGCUUGGGUGGCAGUCUGCAGGCUGGAACUAAACGCUGCAGAUUGAAAUCUCAACUGUGACCUAGCUGUGGCUAACUGUGAAUCUACUGCAGAGCUGCUCAUCAAGCCUUUCUCCUCCUCACAGUCUAGAUUCUCGUUUGUCUGUUGAUUUAUUUUUCUGUAUCAUAUCGUCUGUCUUGGUUUUUGUUAUUUCAAAAGUUCAGAUCAGCCUUUUCUUAAGCUACUUUACUUCAGUGUACAUAAACAACUCUUUAUUUUUUUCCACCAAACAUUGAUAUUUGAGUUUGUAGUCUUGUUACGGUUUCAAGCUUCUGGUCAAGUUUGGUUUAGCUAAUUGAUGUUGUAAUUCCACAUUACCUAUCAAUUUCUUGUGUUUCUUUGUACACUUCUUUUUUUUUUUAAUUUUUAUAUGAAUUGUUGGCUUUAAGCUUGACGUUGUAAUCAAACGUAGAUCAGUGGAUUCUACAAACAGAUGGAAAAAAAAAUCCCUCCCUCUUAAGCCAAACUGAUCUCUGGAAAACGAGACGAGGCUUUUCUUAACACCCAAUUUUAGCCGAGCCCAUAUGUUAUAUUUACUAUAUCUGAUAUUUGGUAAACCUCACAGGAUCUACCUGAUGAUCUGCCAUAGUAAGAUGAAAUUCUGUAUUGUUAAACCAUUGCACUCUAACGGUUGAGAUGCAGUAGUUAGAUCAACACAAAUCAUAUACAUUGAAUGCACUUUAAAUGGGCAAAUUCUUCAAUCUUAAAGAAAUGUAUUUGUGGUAUUUGUCCUUUUUUCUUUUUUUUUUCAUUUUUAAAAAAAAAAAGUCUUCAUAGAUUAAGGCCUAACAAUCAUUGUGUUAUCAUGAAGCACCUUAAAACAUUUUUUUGUUUAUGGUUUAUUAUGCCAAGAAUGAGUUUUGGUACAUUUAGUUUUGUCUGUCAGAUUUGCCCCUGACAUGUUGAUGCUCCACAAAAAGCUUGAUAGAAUUUAGGGCUGCCCCACUCAGUCAGAACAUAGUCAGAACAUUCUUGAUCGACCUAAAAAGGAAUCACGCACACACCUCACAGGAAAUGUCAGUUAGUCAGUCAUGGAAACACUUUUAGUUUCGCUUUUUGUCAUGCACAAAAUCCAAAGCGCAGGCAGGUAACAGGAAAAUAUUUGUGCCUGUCAUUCAUAAAUCUCAGACAUGGCUUUUCAUUUGAAAUAUGCAAGUAGCCUAAUGCUGGCCACUUGGCAUGGCCGCUGUCUUCAGUCAGUCUACUUACUAGUGGUUGCAGCACAAUCAGAAUAAUUACCUCUUUUGCUGCUGUCUUUAACAGGCAGUACACUUUGUCCAUGAGUUUGUAUAAUUUCCCUUUCAAAGGUUAUGGUUUGUUUGUUUUUGUCUUCUCUGAUAUGUAGCACGGUGUUAAUGGUGUUACUUAUAAUGUUCUGUCUCAGCCUUCAAACCAGUACAUUUCAAAAAUAUGUUUAAAAAGAUUUUUUAAUAAUUAGAGCGACAUCAUAAAUGUGCAACAAAUACUCAACUAGGAAGAUCUUUGGUCAGGGGCAGCCCUAAUAGAUUUAAUGGGUAAUAAAGAUUUUUUUUAAAGUAUUUUUUAGAAAACUGCAUUUCAGUAAGUUAAAUUAAGUCAAAAAUGGAAUCCACAACUCUUUCAUGGCCUCAUGGGAAAAUAAAAACUUAGUUAGCAAAUUGAAAGUACCUAGUAUCUGCAAAACGUGAUUCACCAGUAAAAAAAAAAUUGACCAGUGAGAUGUGCAAGCUGAAUAUGUGCUUUAACCUAAUGCAUCAAAAUGCUGGUAAUGUAUAAAUAUGACUCGUAUAGAGGUAAUAGUGUAUUUUUACAAGUGAGUGUUAAUUGUGAGCCAAAGUACUGAAUGCUGAGAUCAAGCUAAAGACGGGGUUUAGAAUUAGCAGGCUUUGCACAAAACAAAUGGCCCAAGCCACAUUAAUGGAGCUUAAUUCAUUUUAAGUCGCCUUAGUGGUGACGUGUUAUUGAUUUACUGUUUGGGGGGUUUCCUAAAAAUUUCCCUUUUUCAGUGCCCUUUAAUUUUUUUUUUUGUUUUUCCCUGUACAAAGGUUUAUGUACGCUAGGCUGUGCAUUUUAAAAGAAAAGAUUUCUGCUGUGCAAAGUACCUUUGCUAAAAUUCUGAGACAUUGUCGUGUAUUGUAUUUGUGUUUGUUUCUUUGUUGUUUCUGCCAAAAGGGGGUGUGGUUAAAAUGAUGCUUAAAGAAAGACCAUUAAUAGAGCUAUUACAUCAUCUAAAAUGUUAAGGCUGGUUUCUUGGAUUGCCAUUAAGCCUAAUCCUUUAACUAAAACCGUCUUCAAAGGAUGAAAGCUGUAUGGAA